AAAAUCAAGCGCGCGUUCAAAGAGAGCGAGAGUUAAAAUGGCGGCCUGUCGAGCUGUUCGAUGAACUUUCUUUGCUCCUUUAGAUGUCAUCACAGUUGUAGAAUCCAAUCAUCUCUAAGUACCUUAGCUCGAUAUCAAAAUAUCUUUAUAGUGUUUUCUAAGCAUGUAAUCAAGACCAUGGCCAACUAUAACAAAGAUAGAGGAACACCUUAUUAUUGGCACGAGCAGUCAGUGCAAACCCCGACAUUCAUUGAUCUUGAUAAAUACCUUCCCAAGCCUGAAGAAAGUGGUGUCUCGCCGUUCAACAGGCAGUACCCAAAGCCAAUAACAUCAAUAUUAAUUAACCAAAAAUCCAGCAUUGAUGCUCAGUUUAAGGGAAGGAAAAACAAGAACUUUAAAAGGACCACAGCAAGUAGCACAACCUCUGAUGGUGAUACACUCAAGGUGAAUGUCACUCGUGAACAGAGAACUGUAAGUUUAAGCAGUGGGGAGGCACUUUACACUAAAAGUGAAAAAGACAGUAGGAGAAGACCAGCAAAACGUCGUCAUCACUCUACUGCUACACCAGACCUUCAAGAUGAAAUAGAAGCAAAAAGAACUAAAAGAAAUUAUGGCACUCCCCAAGUACCACAACCUGCUAGAUCAUUGCAGUUCAACCUAUUUGACACAGAACAACCUGUAUUUACUCUGGAAACACUCACCAAUGAGAUACAAGAGGAAUGUGUCAAGUGUGUGCAAACAAUGGAAACAUUACAGAAGAAGUUAAAGUUGCAGUCAUUUCUAGAAAGGAGUUUGUCACCAGCUUUUCCAGGUUGUUCUCUACAUCUCUGUGGCUCAUCAAGCAAUGGCUUUGGUCAUGAUUCAAGUGAUGCAGAUUUCUGUUGCAUCGUGAAUCAUUUAAGACAGGGAAACAAUAGACAUUAUGCCUUAUCAGUUCUGCGGCAAAUGCAGAGAUUGCUCAACAGUGACCCUAAUAACUCUUUCCUUAGUAAAUGUUCAGUUAUCCCUGCCACAGUGCCAAUUUUGAAAUUCAAGGAUUCAAUUAGGUGGGAUGAUGAGUAUUAUUAUUAAUAGUGCAUUAUUUUAUGAGUUCAUGUAUAAUUAUGAUUGUGUUGUUUAAGGCUAAUUUACAUAAAGCUAUAUUCAUUUGCUUUCCCUUUCAUAAAGUCAAAGGGAAAGAAGGGUUGCCACAAUGGUGAGAGCACUUGCCUUCCACCAAGGUGGCCCAGGUUUUAUUCUGUCAUAAAAAAAAAUUAUUUAAGUUGUGUUUGUUGUUGGUUCUUGCCUUGCUCUGAGGGCUUUUCUUUGGGUGCUCUGGUUUUUCUCCCUCCUGAAAAACCAACAUUGCAAAUCAAAAAUUCCAGAGUACCUGUUUUCAUGGCUUACAUGGUUCCCUCUCUCUCUCUCUCUCUCUCUCUCUC